AAUCUUCAUUUUUGUUGUUCAUCUCAGAUGGUCCAGCAGUACCAAUCGCCAAUCAAAGUCUACCGCAAGCCAUUUGAGCUUGUGAUGGCCGCAUACGAGCGUCGGUUUCCGACCUCGCCACUCAUCCCAGUGUUCCUGGGCUCAGAAGUCAUGUCCGAGUAUAAGAGCGAGGACGGUGCCAUUCACAUGAUUGAACGCCGGUGCAAGCUCGACAUUGAGGCGCCUGCACUGCUCAAGAAGGUCAUUGGCGUCGACUAUGCCUACUUUAUCCAAAAGAACACGCUCAACCGCCGCGAUCGCACCCUCGUCAUUGAGGCGCGCAACGAGACGUUUGCCAACAAGGUUACCAUUCUCGAGACAUGCCGAUAUCGUGUUCACCCUGACAAUGCAGAAUGGACGGCCUUCGAUCAGGAAGCCUCCCUCAAGAUCAAAUCCUUCCUGGGCAUGGAGAAUGCAAUCGAAAAGCUGGCAAUGAAGAAUUACUUGAAGAAUGUAGACAAGGGCAUGGAAAUUAUUCAACAUUACCUCGCCGAAUUGGAACGAGACGGUAUUACCUCUAUCGCCCCGUGGAAGGGCCCCGAGCCGUCCACAACAGAAGCUGCCUCUGCUGCUGAUGUGGUGGCAACCCAGCCCAAGCUCGAAGCAGAGUUUAUCAAGCGCUACUUGGGCGAUCUUACCUCCAAGGAAGAGUCGGACUUGUUGAUGCUGCGACAGCAAAUGGCAGAGACGUGCGGAAAGCGUGGACAGCGGUUGCCGACAGAGAGCGUCCUGUUGCGCUUUUUGCGUGCGCGAGAGUUUAGCGUUGAAAAGGCCCACGAGAUGCUGACACGCUCCCUGUACUGGCGACAGGCGGUCGGCGCAGACCACAUUUUGGAAAUGUACAAGCAGCCAGACGUCCUGCGUGAUUACCUGCCGUGUGGCUGGCAUCACUUUGACAAGGACGGCCGUCCCGUGUUUGUCUUCCGCGUAGGCCAGCUGGAUGUCAAGGGCGUCAUGAAGAGUGUUUCCGAGGAAGACCUCAUCAAGCAGCUCAUCUUUAUCAACGAGACUGGCAUGAAGCUCGCCUCCGAGGCCACUGAGCGCACUGGCCGCCCCAUUCACGACUUUACGUGCAUUGUCGACUUUGAAGGCCUGGGUCUCAAGCACCUCUGGCGCCCCGGCGUUUCCAUCAUUCAAAAAAUCAUCCAGCAGGACACCGCCAACUACCCCGAGACGAUGGCUCGCCUGGUCGUCAUCCGCGCGCCGACUCUCUUCCCCGUGGCGUGGUCGAUCGUGCGCAACGUGUUUGACGAGCGCACACGCAACAAGAUUGUCAUUCUGGGCGACAACUUUUUGGAGCAGCUCGCAGAUAUUCUGCCCUCCGAGUCCAUCCCCGAGUUCCUGGGCGGCUCGUGUCCCACCAGCUUUGCGGCAGGCGGCCCCGUUCCCGAGGCCCUGUACGAGGGCGGCGCCGCGAGCGCCGACAACGACAACGAGUCCAUCAUUUCUGCCGAUCACACUGCCAUGUACCAAGAGAUGGCUAUUGGGCGCGGCUCCACGUUCCGUCUCCCAAUCCAGGUCAAGGAUGCCGACACGGUCAUCACCUGGGACUUUUUCGUUCACUCUGGCGCCGAUGUUGGCUUUGGCGUCUUCUUCACCAAGGACUCGAUCGACACGGAAGCCCAUGCCGACAAGCUUGAAGAGUUGGAAAAGUCUGUCAAGUACAAAGGCUCGGUGCAGGGCACAAUGGUGUGCCAGCGUGCUGGCCAGUACGUUCUCCGCUGGGACAACACGUACUCUUGGGUGACGCCUAAAACCCUCAGCUAUCACGUGGAUGUCAUUUCGUCCGAGAUUUAUCGUCGUUCGCUUUCCAGUCUGCUGUCUGUCAGCACGUCCACGUCUGCGGAGACUGUCACAUCCACGUCGGCCGUUCAUUGAGAGGGUUGUGUGCAGAUGAAUCGUUGUGUUUGUGUUUGUGGGGGGAGUCAGUGUUCUUGUUCCGAUUGUAUGCUGUUUCUGUGUUGUUUGUUUCAUUGAUUGUCGUGCUUGCACAAAUGCAGCAGUGAGGCUGGGAGCAUGCAUUGAGCAUUCUGUUGCUGCUGUCUGUUUGGAAGAUGCUUUCGAAAUUUCGCUUUUGCUCUCGUUGUUGUGUUGUUCGAAAAGAAAAAGAAAAAUACAAGACACAAAACCAAAAAACCACAUCACGAACACCAACAACAACUACGACACCAAUGUAAAUAAAUAGGUGGUCGAC